AUGGCUACUCCGACCGCUCUGCCACCGCUCCCCUUCAACCCUUCUCGGGUACGAUCAUAUUUGAUGCGACUACCUCUGUUCACGCGCCUCGUUGUGUUGGUGAUUUUCGCAUUCUGGCUCGCAGAACUGCAAAGUGCAUGGAAUGUGGUACAAUGGGGUGCCCUGAUUCCGGACGAGAUCAACUUCGGAACUAUGUACCGACUUAACACUUUCCCUUUCAUUCAUACGGGAUUCUUUCACGCCGUAUUGAAUACCGUGGCCCUUAUCCCGCUUUUGGAACGAUUCGAGGCGGAACAUGGAACCCUCACCUCGAUCGCCUUGUUCGUUGGACCGCUUUCUACAUUCCCCGCCGGUAUCUACCUCUUCAUUGAGAAGCUGGUUUUGCACCGGAACACUGCUGUGGUUGGCUCCAGCGUCUGGGUGUUUUUACUUCUGGGCUCCGAGGCCAUUCGCACAUUCAAGUCCCAUCCGUACUUCAGUCUCGGUCCGUAUAAGAUUCCUACUUGGACAUCACCCUUGUUUGCUUGUGUCGUGCUUUCCAUUCUGGUAUCCAACGUGAGCUUCCUGGGCCAUCUUGCUGCUAUUGCAGUUGGAUAUCUAUUUGGACUUGGAUAUCUCAAGGUGUUCGUGCCUCCGGAGAAGGUCCUUCGAUGGAUUGAGGGCAAGCUCAACCUCUUAGGCCGACUGCCUCACUACGUCUCCGUCGAUCAGAAGACCUACGGACGUUAUGGGGUGCUGCCUUCAAACAACGCAGCUGGUUUGAGUGGAAACCCAAUUCCCAUGUCCUUCAUGGGAUCCACACAGCGUCUGGCUGCUAUCCGCAACUUGCGGAGCAAUCCCCAGUUUCUUUACGUCCGACUUCCCAACCUCUUGUCGCUCCUGUGUAUCGUUGUUGGUGUGGCCUGGCUUCUACUCCUUCCCUUGAACGAGUACUCGCGACAAACCUACAUCUCCGAGAACGCGCUCUUGCCCGGCCAGGUUCAUGCCUAUUUCACAGGCAGUGAACAGAACAUAUUUCGAGGAUACAAGAAGGAAUUGGAAGGGUUGUUAAACGAGUCGCCCGAAACCGAGAUCGAAUUGACCCCGUCGAUCUUUGACAAAAUACACUCGAUUCUACAAGUUGCAGGACUAAAAGUUGCGACGCAAAAGUACCAAUAUACCUCUGCCGGCAUCACGCAUCAGGGGGAGAACAUCUACGGCAUUAUCCAUGCGCCACGAGGCGAUGCAACAGAAGCUAUUGUUUUGGUUGCCGCAUGGAAAACUGCCGAUGACGAACUCAACCUGAAUGGAGUCACUCUGGCUCUCACUCUUGCCCGCUACUUCAAAAGAUGGUCAUUAUGGUCCAAAGAUAUCAUUUUCCUUUUCCCAUCCGACAGUAAAUCUGGCACGCAAGCAUGGAUUGAUGCUUAUCACGACCUACACCCAGCAUCUGUGCAACCGUUGCCGCUGAAGAGUGGCGCAUUGCAAGGUGCUUUGGUCAUUGAGUAUCCAUUCGACCACAGGUUCCAGACAUUGCACAUUGUAUAUGACGGUGUCAAUGGUCAGUUGCCCAAUUUAGAUCUAUUCAACACAGCCGUAGCCAUUGCGGGAGGUCAGAUGGGAUUCGGAGCCAACCUGCAAGAAAUGUGGGAGCACGACGACAGCUAUAAGUCACGUUUAAAGACGAUGCUUCGCGGUAUGACCAAACAGGGUCUCGGACAUGCCACGGGAGCUCAUAGCAGCUUCAUGCCAUAUCAUAUCGACGCUAUCACCCUACAGCCCAAGGGCGAAGGUUGGGAGGACGAAAUGGCACUGGGACGGACUAUUGAGAGUCUUUGCCGCAGUUUAAAUAAUCUGCUAGAGCAUCUUCAUCAGAGCUUCUUCUUCUACCUGCUCAUGCAGUCUAAUCGCUUUGUCAGUAUCGGCACUUACCUUCCAAGUGCCAUGCUCAUCGCUGGAAACUUUACCAUCAUGGCAAUUGCCUUGUGGAUGCGAACAGGGUUGGACUCGGCUACUAAAUCUAAGCCAUCUGCCCCUGUUGAAAAGUCGGAGACUGGGGCAAAGGUCCUUGAAGUGCCUGUUACUGAACGACUACUUGCGUUACCACUCACCCUUGUCACUGGGCUACACAUUCUUGGCCUAGUUCCGCUCUGGAUUUUCAAUAACCUUUCACACCAAUACUUCACGGCAGCCACUUACAUCUUCGUCGCCGUAGAUGUUGUCAUUCCAUUACUUCUAGCUGCUCUACUCUCUCACGGCUUGGGUCUAUCAGUACCCAUCAUCCCCCAACAGUACUUGUUGAUUAAAUCGUUCGCACUGCUUCUGUUGGGCCUGUGCCUUUCCACCCUCGCAACCCUCAAUUUCUCCCUUUCUUUUAUGAUUGGCCUGCUCUGCGUGCCGCUCAGCUUCAUUACUCGGAUCCACGGCCCUUCGGUGCCUGUGCGAUUCGCCGCAUCGAGUUUGGGAUUGAUUCUUCUCAAUCUUCUCUCUCCGCCCACCGUUCUGCUGGGCAUCUGCUGGUACAUGCAGGUGUCUAUGGAGAGCAUCCUGACACAAGCUGCUUUUGGAUGGGAUGUUUGGGGUAUGUGGACCCAGGUGGUGGUAUGGUGUGUAUGGUGGCCCGCCUGGCUCAUCGGAUGUGUCUUGUUGGGAUCGUCGAUGUUCUGA